CUUAAUUGUCAAAGCAGCAAGACCUUACAAAGGAAAGCCACGAGUUUCACACGCUCCGUAAUUAGAGGAACUGCUCCGGGCUAUUCACAGAAAAAGACAUGGGGCACCUUUUAGCAGCAGUCAUACUGCUUGUGUGCACAGAUCUUCUUCAGGCAUCCAAGCCAUUUCACUUGAAGGAAAAAACUUUGAUUGUAGAGGUUGAUUAUACAAAUAGAAAAACUGGGGAAAUUGUGACCAUUGAGUGUAAUACCACAGCUUACACCAAUGCUGCUAUUGACAGCAAAAAGAUACAGUGGAGCAAAAAAGGCCACAGGGGCAAAACCCUCACUGUUCAAGUAAGCGAAUCUCCAGAUGCGAAGAACUAUACAUGUACUCUGGAAAAUAUUGGAAUCAUUGACUAUACUCACAUUGUGUUGCAUAAUGUGAACCAGCCAUUUUACCGUGGAAUUCUCAAUGUAGAAAAUCCAAUAAGUUGUAUGAUGAAAAACUACAGCGGCCAUUUCACCUGCUCAUGGAGUGGGACAAAGGACUAUUCGAAUCCUGAGUUCUUCUUUGAAGCCUUUAGCAACAACAGUUCCCUUCCCUGUGAAAGAAUCGAGAAACAUAUCACAGAAGGAAAUGCAAUCCCCAGCUAUACAGUAAACUGCCACGACACUCAGACAUGUCAUUACUCAGAAGACCCAAGUAUCUUCGUUGAGCUGCAUGUCCUUGCCAAAAACAGAUAUGAGCAACACAAGAAGUCCUUCACAUUGAGGAACAUCAUAAAACCCGAUCCACCUCAAGAUCUUCACAUCCAUAAAGCAGCCAAAAACCUUUCCUUACAGUGGGAGUAUCCAAAAACUUGGUGCAGCUCACACUUAUUCUAUCAGCUCAUGUUUAAUGUCAAAGUAGAAAGGAAGAAUUCAAAGAAGGAUGUGAACUACCCAAAUGUUGAUAAGACAUACAUGUCUGUAGACCACAUGGACAUUUCCCAAUUCUGCGUCCAAGCCAGGGACAUGUACCAUAUUAACUCUUACUGGAGCAACUGGUCCUGUUCCAAGUAGUAAGGAUGAAAACAUGAAGAAGCACAAACAGGACAAGAAAAAGAAGAAAAAGGACAAGAAAAACAAAAACCCAACCUAAACAACAAUAGCAUAAAGUAAUACCCUACAAUGUGACACACAGAUCAUCAUUUGUACAUCAUUUGUUACUUCAUAACGUAUAACGUGGAUCUCAUCAAGUAUCUUAUACAGUUGUGACAAUACAGAGCAGGCCAUUCCAUUGUUACACUGCUUUUGUAUACUUUAUACCGUCUUAAUAUAUUUUCAUAUCAUUAUUUAUUUAUAUAUAUAUAUGUGUACAUUAAAGGGGUUGUCUGAGGUCUAAGAAAAUUUGGGGGUAGUUGGACAUGGACUGAAAAUAAAACAAAAAACACUACUCACCUUGUUGGGAGGGUCCAGCUCUGUUCCUACACGUCACCACUGAGGCCAUUGAUUGGCUUGUAGGAGUGAUGUUCGUGUAUUGAAGAUGGCACAGCAGAUUUCUGGGAAGCGAGGUGCAGCACUGGAAGCAGGUGGUUCUGACAAGUUAAGUAGGUUUUUUUAGUCCAUGCCUGGCCACCCUUGAAAUGUUUUAGAUAUUGGACAACACAUUUAAAUUGUAUCUUCAGUUUAAAAUGUCAACUUUUACCUCUAGA